CUCCAUAGACCACGCCUUUCCCCUCUCUUGCUCCCGAGUUUGCUCCUUCCCGUUCCCAGCGGUGGGAGGAGUACCGGGCAGUCCUGUUGGUGGUCUGUUUUUGCUCUAGGGUAGUUGAGCAGGCACGCCAUGGCCGGCAAAGAGCAGGAUGAACUCCUAAAAGCCCGGAACCGUACUCUGAGCGCUUUCCGCGAAGAUGUGGAACAGGAAUGGAGAGCCCCUUUCUACUUCAUUCAAGGAGCAGAUCCUCAGUUUGGAUUGAUGAAAGCUUAUUCAAUUGGCGAUUGUGGCCAUGGAGGCGACGAAUGGGAAGAGGAGCUCAAACUAACACAGCAAGCAGUGCAAGCGAUUAACCAGCUGAACCCCAAACCGAAAUUCUUCGUACUCUGCGGAGAUCUCAUACAUGGCAUGCCAGGGACACCCUGGCGGGAGGCACAAAUACAGGACUUGAAAAGCACCCUGAAGGGUGUCAGCAGUGACGUCCCCCUGGUCUUCGUCAGUGGCAACCACGACCUUGGGAACACGCCAACACCUGAAACAAUUGAAGAUUAUUGCCAAAAGUGGGGUGACGAUUACUUCAGCUUCUGGGUCGGAGGGGUCUUCUUCCUCGUGCUGAAUUCUCAGCUGUACUUUGAUGCUUCCAAGUGCUUGGAAUUAAAGCAGGCCCAGGACGAGUGGCUCCAGCAGCAGCUUGCAAUGGCCGAAGCGAGAAAGUGCCGGCACGCUGUCGUGUUCCAGCACAUCCCUCUGUUUCUGAGGGAACCCGAUGAAGACCACGACUAUUUCAACCUGGAGAAGUCCAUUCGGCACGAGCUCUUGGAGAAGUUCCGCAAAGCAGGUGUCAAAGCAGUGUUUUCCGGGCACUACCACCAAAAUGCUGGCGGCUCCUACAAGAAUAUCGAAAUGGUUGUUUCGUCUGCCAUCGGGUGCCAGCUGGGCAAAGACACCCAUGGGCUAAGGGUGGUGGCUGUCACCCCCGAGAAGAUUGUUCACAGAUACUACAGUUUGAACGAACUGAGCAAUCGAGGGGUCGAGAAAGACAUCGCGGCUUUGCUUAACCAAAACUAGCCAUUUCUUUCCUCUGCCACAAUAUGGGGGGGGGGCGGCCCUCUGCAGCCCAGGGCGAGGUAUCAGAAUUGUGGGUUGUGUUAUUUUCUUUGUGUUUUUUAAAACAGUUGGCCAUGGCAAAGAUUUCUCAUCAUAAUCAGAAAGCGCCUGAACACCGCAAAGUCAAACAGGCAGUCAGGGGGAUUAUAUUCACCUGUCAAGGGUGCGUAUAAAUUUAACUUGUGCUAUAAAAAGUAGUGGCAGCGCUAUUGAUUUUGUAAUUAAGGAGAUAUUCUGAGAAUGCGCUGUUCUUAGAAUAAACCACUUUUAUAGCAGCGCUUAAAUGCACUCGCGAACAAACACACGGCACAACCGUCUACAUGACAGCCCAAUAAACAACAGGAGGCUGCGGAGAAACCAAAUGCCACGUUAAUGGAAGAAUGAAAGGGGUUUGCCCUCAGUUCAAAGCAAAUGCUAGGUACACAUAUGCAAUUAUAGGGUAGCUGUAAGAAGCUGAAAAAUAUUCUAUACGUGUUUCUAAUAAGGAAAUACACCUGUUGACAUGUGCAAUUUGCCACAGGUCUAUCGUGCCUCACAGAGGCUCCAUCUGCCCUUAUAAGUUUAAAGCAGCAUCGGGCCACUUAGCAAUCAUGGCUUGCCCCAAAGAAUCCUGGGAGCUGUAGCUUGUUCAGGGUGCUAGGAAUUGUCAGGAGACACACACAUACACACACCCAAUUCCUCUAACACAGGCAUCCCCAAACUGCGGCCCUCCAGAUGUUUUGGCCUACAACUCCCAUGAUCCCUAGCUAACAGGACCAGUGGUCGGGGAAGAUGGGAAUUGUAGUCCAAAACACCUGGAGGGCCAAAGUUUGGGGAUGCCUGCUCUAACAGAGCUACGUUUCCCAGAGUUCCCUGGGAAGAGGGAUUGGUUGUUAAACCACUCUGAGAAUUGUAUCUCCAUACUAGGAAGGGGGUGUCUCCUCUAAGCACCCUUAACAAACUACAGUUCCCAGGAAUCUUUGGGGGGGAGCCAUGGCUGUUUAAAGUGGAAUGGAGAGCAGGGUUGUCUCCAGGUGUGGAGGGGUUCCUGGCCGAGUGCCCUUGGGUGGCUUUCUUUGACAUCAGUGGGCUCCCCCUGGUGGUUAUAGCAGCAGCAACUUCCCACACUUCACCAGUGUACCAUCACAGCAGUGGAUUGUGGGCAAUAUAAAAUGGCGGGUUGCCCAGGUGAGCUCCACCUGGGUGCCGUGUUCUGACCCCCCAGGACCCUUACAAGAGAGGGCAUUUCCAGGAUCCGGGGAGUCCCGUCUCAAGAGACAACGCUCUACAGCCUUCCAUUUAAAUGCUCAUUUUAUGGCAUUUUUGCAUUGAUCGCUUGAGUAGGCCCUGCGCGUGUGCGCACUGCUCAACGGUAGGCACGACUUGACACUGAUUCACCACCCAUGAAUCAGUCCUCUGAAAGGAAAUCAUUUAGAGCUUGCCAUUUCCACCUCACCGCAAACAAACCUAAAUCAGCGGUGAGCUAAUUUAACUGUUUGCAGCUCCAGCCAAGAAAUUCCGGGAAGUUGUCGUUUGGUGUGAGUACUUGGAAUUCCAUUAGAGAGCCCUAAGUCAUUCGCAGAAAUACAAUUCAUGGCGCUCUGCCCUUAAAACCAACGGAACAAUCGGUUUAAACCAUUUUUUUUUUGUUUGCUGGUUUCUCCUCUUCUUACACAUUUUGAUUUCUUAAAAGAAUGAAAUUGAACUCACACUCUGUGCCGGGGGUGGGGGAGUAUUUUCUCAAUGGAGUAAUGGUGUUAAUUGAGGUCUUUUGAGUCCAGGGUUAUUUGUAGGUGGCUUAAUAAUCCUACAAAACUGGUGGGUGGGUUUUUUUGUUUUUUUGCUUUUAUGGUUUAAUAGGUUUCUCGUGUUUGUAUGAGGGACCAGUCCAUAUUUUAAAGGAUGGAUAUAUUUCUUAUUAAGGAAUAUAAUGUGUUGUGUCAGCACCAACCAUGUGUCUUUUGGGGUUCCCAGGCUUUCCAAAUGUGUGCAUGUAGGGAAUUUGCAGGCGAAUGGUACGACAAAUUGGUGUGAAAUCACUUUUCAAUGAAUAACAAAUCGCCUUCCUGUGCUUUAAAACAGCCUGCACUUGGUGUGUGGUUAUAUAAGUGCAGUUGAUAUGUUAUCAAGUAAAAUGGCAACAUUAAAAAAAAAGAAGACAUAUUUUUAAAAUGCAUAAACAGCUACUUCAAGUGAUCAUUCCAAACUGAAUUGUUCCAUUUUAAACUGAAUCCCUGUCAGCUCGACUCAGAACACAAAUUGAAUAAAUGGAAUCACUGUUGUUUAGUCGUUUAGUCGUGUCCGACUCUUCGUGACCCCAUGGACCAUAGCACGCCAGGCACUCCUGUCUUGCACUGCCUCCCGCAGUUUGGUCAAACUCAUGUUCGUAGCUUCGAGAACACUGUCCAACCAUCUUGUCCUCUGUCGUCCCCUUCUCCUUGUGCCCUCAAUCACUAGCUCAAUGGAAUCACUAGCUCCGCCCAGAUGUUAAAGGCUUCCUAAAUUGAAGGGAGAGUGGGAUCUGUUCCUACCAAGACCUGGUGUUCUCCAUGGUGAAGAUCUGCAGAAGGAGUUCUGAAAUGCGCAGGGAAGCAAUUCUCAAUGCACACCUUUAUCCACUGCGGAGCAGAGACAGAGGAAAUGUGGCCUUCCAAGGGGUUAUUGGACUCUUAUUCCCAUUAGCCCCAGCCAGCUUGGCCAACAGUGAGGGAUGGUGAGAGUUGGAGUCCAAUGAUGCCCGGAGGGCCAAAGGUUCCCCCCAUGCUUGGUGAUCUUCAGCUGGUGGGUUGGGACCCAAUAUUGGUUUGUGACCUGAUGGAAGGAUGGGUUGAAACAGCCGCAUGAUCAAGAUAAAAAUAGUGAUGGGGAGGAGAGAGAAGGGAGGGGAUAAAUGUCCCCAAAUACAUAUUUGGAUUAUAAUUGAGUCCCAGGUCUGAAAAGUUUGAAGACCACUGAUAUAGAGGUGAUUGGGAUGUGGCAGAGGGGGUGAUAUAACUCAGCAAAUCCCUCCUCUCCCCACAAAUAUUUUUCACACGCAGGAGGGCUUUAGCCACUCAAGUGGCCACUGUUUGAUCUUUUUUUAAGGUGAAUGAUGUAGAAAUGUUCUUGUUUCUUUAGUUUCUUUCCCCUUUUCAGGGGGAUUUAGAAUGGUUAUGAUUGUUUGCCUGUUGGCCUUAAACCUGUUUGACCUCCCUGAAUGGAAAACCAAUUUUUUAAAAAAAUGGGGUGAGAAAUCUCCUUACUUUGAUCUUUUUUUCAUACAGGCAGUCAUAAAAAAAUAAAAUAAAAAUCUCCAUUUGCAAUA